AUGAACGUUGGGGCAGGCCAGGCCCCGCAAACGAAUGGCGGCGGUGGAGCGCAACACCGACAGUCCAACGGCAGCGGAGACUCAGACCUCUCACAAAUAUUAGAAGCGCUGCAGGCCAUAUACGCAACCUCGUCAACGAAUGAUACCCGCCGACAGGCAACCGAAUACCUCGAGCAAGCGAAACGGCACCCGGAAGCGCCUUCACACGGUCACACGCUCGCACUCGACCGCUCGCAACCCGCCCCCCUCCGCUACUAUGGCCUCACUAUGCUGGAGCACUCGAUAAAAUACAGCUGGGAAGACUUCACAGAGGACCAAGGCACAGCUUUACGAGGCUAUGCGAUCGAGCUCGCCCAAAACGUGUCCGAAGACGAUGCCGCAUUCCUGAGGAACAAGGUCGCGCAGCUAUGGACGGAAAUUGCGAAGCGCAGUUGGGGUGCCGAGUGGCUGGAUAUGGACGAACUGCUGGUCUCGCUCUGGACAAGUUCUCUGCACCACCAGGCUGUCGUGCUGUACGUCCUGGAAACGCUUUCUGAGGAAGUCUUCAAUCGCGAAGACCCCACAGCCGGCCUUCGAGGUAGCGACCUGGGGCGCGCCUGUGUCGAGAUUUUCACACCGCUUGCCGUCAUACAAGACCAGCUCCCUACACGCGAGAAGAGUCUGGAUGUGCGGUGUGGAGACGAAGGAUGGCUGAAGAGACUAUGCGACAACUUGAGCUGGUGCUUGGGGCAGGACUACCAGAACCAGGAUGCUGUCAAGACAAGCGCUAUUAAGUCUAUGCAAGCCCUCAAGGCGGCCAUGCCGUGGAUUAUGCCCAAGGCUAUCGCUGCAACACAAGUCAUCGAGGCCGUCUGCAAGGCGCUGGCUACCCCAGCCGUAGAGAUGCAGAUUGCCGCUGUCGAGACCCUCCAAGCGAUCUACAACCGAACCCACCUACACGACGACGAGUUUGUGGAGCUUGUAUGCCCCAUGUUCACACCUGGCAGUGUUUCACUGCUGCGAGAAGUAUACAAUUGGACGCUCACGGAUAUGGAUGUGAAUGACAUAGAUGAUCAGAAAUACAUGCUCUGCAAGAGACUCUCAGAAUUGGCCAACAGCCUCGGACUAUUCAUCGAGCAAAAGCCCCAAUCGAUACCAGAUGGCAGCGACCUAACCGGCAUAUUCGGUUUCCUAUACGAUAUCAUGCGCAACCCUAGUCUGGUUGUGUCCAUACCUGUUCUUCAUUGCUGGACCAAGCUGUUACGAUCGAGCAUCGUGCGAGACUCCGAUGUCGUCAACUCUAUGGUUGGCGGGCUACUCGAGACGUGCUGCGCCCGACUUAUUCGAUACGAAUCGUUACCCGAAGAUACCGAAGACGUUACGUUGCAGUUUCUCAACGAAGACAUUGAUACAGUACCCGAGCGUCAUGCUUUUCUAGGAAACUAUCGGCGCUUCUGUGCAGACGUAAUCGAGGUCCUGGUUCGCAAGACGCCGGUAGAGGCAAUGGCGCAUAUUCUUGCUCAGGCGACGAACAUGCUGCAGAACCUGUACCAUGAUCAGCCUGCUUUCCAGCGCCAAAACUUCACCAAAAACUCUCCACAAGUCCUUCAGGUCGAUGCACAGGUCACUGUCAUCGAAGCUGCGCUCAAGGGUUACAUGAAGUGGCAGCAAGGGCAAGGCGAAAACGCGCAAGAUGAUGAGCGGACGCGAAAUACCUUGGAAGACUCGCUCGAGCAGUGGGGCAGGCAAAUCCUGCAAGCACACUUUGAAGAUCCCGAAGUUGCAAGGAAGAUAAUAUCUUUGAUGGCAACUCUCUCAACAAAAGCCCUUGGUGACCGCCCAGGGUUCGCUCUCACCUUCCUGGAGUAUAUGCUUACAGUACGGCUAGCCGAUGACACGAGCUAUCCACAGUACUCCGAUGCUGUGAAAGACCUCGAGCGCAUAUGCAGUCUUGAGAUGCAGAAACUAGCGAUGAAAUUCGCUGACGAUUUUAUGAACGUCUACGAGCAACUAGAGGCCAAGGUCAAUGAGAUGAUUAAUGACCCUACGACUGACGAACGCCAACGUAUGGCGUACUCCGCUUUCCUUUUCAUCAUCAUACAUAGAUGUACAACACUAGAGCGCGCCACGCAAGAGGAGCGCAUGAGACAGAUGCUCAACCGUGUCAAGGAUGCUUGGCGCAACGAUGAGUUCACCCAGGCCAUCUCUUCGUUCCAGUCCUUCUGUGGCGUAUUGGGAAUGGGCCAAUUGCCCGAGUUUCUAUCUGCGAACAACUUCCGCGGCAUUCAGGACUGGUCUGAUCAACAAUUGCCUAGUGAUGGCCAGGCGUUGCAGGCCACAAUCCUUGACCGCUCUCAACAACUGCCACUACGACUUACUAAGACAUUACUGGCAGCAUCGACGGAAAAGCUUCGCGAUGGCACCGCUGCGUACGAGACUGCUGCGCUACUCUGGGCAGAGGCCAUACCAGUACUGCUCCCAAACCUUCUCCAGCUCGUGAGCCAUGCACAAGCAUUCAACGAUAUCGACGCCAACUGGUCACACUUGCCAGUAGAACUACAGCAGGUUAUUCGAAGAGUACUGACUGAUCGGUUCUGGCAAGCUGGAAUAUCCACAGAGAGCCGCGAUGACUUCUUUGCAAGAGUUAGUGGCUCCAAGUCGACGUUUGAGGGUUUUGCGUCAACGGUGCGAGGCACCGUAAGGCAGAUUAGGGAGAGCUCGUACUACAUCCUCUACUCGUUAACACGAUUUCGAGACUUCUUCUAUGGCAUAGAAGACCUGCCAGGCCCACUGAGUCAGGCCCUGUUUGGCCACGCAGGCGCUCUGACUGCGCAUCAUCUAUCUGUCCUACUAACCGUAUCCACCCAUCUCAUUGAAGGUUGCCCAGCGCGUCUACGGCCACAUUUCCUGCCACCCAUGAUACAGGGGCUAUUCAGAGAGCUGGAUCGAAAAAUCUCCGGGGAAUGGAACGAGGUUGCUCGACAAGUGGCGGAGUCGGGACACAAUGACAACUUGACGGACGAGAUGAAGACUGAGAGCAUAUUACGACAGCUCACAUAUGCUGCGGUUUCGCUUGUCGCUGUCCUGCUCGACUCUAGACAGGAAUUUGCCCGUCACGAUGAGCACAGCCGAAAAGAAGCCAACGCACCGCCCAUGUGCGACUUCAUCCUGACAACGCCUGCCGUCCUCGAGCCUAUCCUCCUUUUCUGCAACUCAACAAUACGUUAUCGCGAUACCAGGUCGGUUGUCACCAUGGUCCGUGUGCUGCGCACGCUACUCCCACGGUUCAAGGAGAAGUCGCCCAUUCGGGAUUACUUCUGCAACGACAUCCUCAAAUCGGCCAUUACGUCUCUCCAUGAGCCAUACUUUGUGGAUUGCCAGAAGGAGCUCGCCUCACUCAUUGCUGGUAUCAUUCAUCUGGACGAGGAGAUACCGCGCUCGAUCAUCUUGUCUCUACCCGGCAUGGGUGACCCGUAUCGCGUCGACCGCCGUCUUGCAAAGCUUCGUGGAGCGAACAGGUCGGACGAACGUAUGCAGCGCAGCAUUGUACUAGAUCUCAUGAGUAGCAUCAAGGGUGUCAGUAUUCACGAGCAAGGCAAGAUCCAGAGAUCGACGAAGACCAAAGCCAGGACCGUCAUGAUGGAGCAGUACAUGAGUGUGGACCAACAGCCGACCAUAGUCCGAGGUACCAGCCCCGGAUUGGCAGGCGUGGCAGACAUGUUCGGAGAGUCGUGA